GUUUUAUAUCCUAAAAUGUCUGUACAUCUUUCAUUUUGGAAGGCUAAUGUGUUCCUUGUAGAUUGCAGGCAAAGCUUGUAUUGUUGCAAGUAUUAUGUUGCCGAUCUUCACUUAAAGUAAUCAAAUUGAUCCAAUCAUCAUCAGUAUUAGUUGGGAAGUCACCAAUACACAUUCGAUGGAACCAUUCCCCACACCGGUCACACUCGAUGUACUCUCACUGCUCGGAGGGUAAUUGGUACGCUGUUUUGCGGCAAUUACAAAACACCUCUUCAGUUUUUACCGUCUCGCGAGAUCGCUUGCGACGACUGAUGGUAGACGGAAACGAUGUUAGUUUUCCGGACGUCAUACACUCGUUCAGACUGUACAUGCAGCUUAGGACAUGUUUGUCGUGCCAGGCACUUCCCGCCAAACUGUCAUACACAUUUACGUGUUCCGGUUGGACGAAUCCUUUGGCCACCAGCACCCACUUGUCACGGCCAUCAUGAAUAAACUGCAUCCAUUUAUCCUCCGUCGCCUUUGGAUAUUCAAGAGUUCCUCCAAUGGUUCAGUCCGCCGAUCAUAGGAUGUUGUUGCUUCAGGAUUUCUUGGGCUCUGUUUACGUAUCCCGAACAGAGCUUGUUGGUUUUAGUGAGAGGCUCGAUCUUGUCGAGAAACAACAUUGGCCUAACUCGACUACGUUUCGGAGCGCAUGUAGACAACUUCGGCAUCUAUUAAGUUAUGACUUCUAGGCUUGUUGUGGGCAACGGGGAAGAAGAAACCAUUCGAAUCAUAGCUAACUCCAUCACCUAUUAAAGUUACGUACCAGCAACGUAGUAGCUUGUUGGCAUACCAGGCUUUGCGUCUAUGUGCAUGAGUAACCCGGGCGACUAUAUCGUCUGCAAACAUUUUCACAAUAACACCUAGGUCGUUUCACGUGUUUCUAGCAAGAGGGAAGUUCCCAGUCAUGAUGGUGAACAGAAGAGGGCUGAGCACAGCGCCUUGCGGGACUCCAAUGGAGAUGGAUUUUUCAUCGGAUAGUGUACCAUCAAGGACGACUCUAACUUUCCGCUGGAUUAGAAAGUUCAUUAGCCAUUCGAGGAUGUGGCCGGUUAUCCGCGCUUUGCUGAGUUUGAAUAGUAGACCGGUCACCCACACUAGGUCGUACGCCUUCUUGAUGUCCAGAAAGAGGCAAUAAGUUUCCUUCUUCUCAUUGAAGCCUAAUGUGACUGCAUUUUCUAGAUCCCAUAAAUGGUCUUGAGUGGAGCAGCCUUUCCGAAAACCUGCUUGGCCUACUAGGAGUAGGUUGUAGUACUCGAGAUGCCAUGCCAAUCUGUUCUUUAGGAUACGUUCGAAGCGCUUCCCGAGACAUGAGAGCCGUUCGAGCCGCGGUCCAAGAAGAAGCAAGAGAAAAGGUUCGAAUCGAAACGGAAAUUUUGGCUUCAGAAAGCCAAAAGAAGAAGCGUGAAGAGAGAGACGCCAAGACACGCGAGGCAAAAAGAGUUUGUCGGGAGCCAAGCCCUAUGGCCGACGAAGACGAUUUCGUCCUACAACUAGCCAUCGAGGCUAGACGCUUUUGUCAAAAACAGUGUAACUGCAUUAACGAGACGUGCAACAAUCAAGAAAGUGACCGCUUCCAAGACCCCUACGGAGCAAGAAUGGAUCUUGACACUCUCAAUGCUGCCCUGACGGCACUUGGGGCCAACCAACAACAACAACAACAGCAGCAGCAGCAACAACGAACCGUCCUGCCAUCCCUAGCAGCCAGACUAUUAGCCGCUCCCGUUCCAGCACCCUUACCACCCGCUGCUCCAGGAACAAAUGUGGUCCAUUCACCAGCUCGGGUACUAGUGGAUCCCGAAGAAAGGUAUUCUGGGUCGACCGGAGAGUCGGUGAACGACUGGCUUCAACUUGUAAAUCGGAAGGCCCUGGCAGAAAACUGGGGAAACGGAGAUAAACGGCGGGUGGCCAUCAGCUCUCUGUUUGUUAAGGCACCAACGUGGAAAGAAGAAAUAGGGAAUAACAUCUUGGAUUGGGACGACUAGUUGCAAGCAUUUGCG